UUUUAGUUUUUCUGUGCGCGACCGAUUCGCAGUUGCGCAAUGAAUCCACUAGUUGAUGGCUUCAUUCGACUGCGAAAUUCUCUGCUAGAGUCGCGAGAUCGCUGAUGAAAUGCGCGACGAAUCAAGGCGACCGUGAAUGAGGGGUUCAUGAGCCAGCUAAUAUUAGUAAUUAUCUGGAGCGAGUCGGCAAAUGGUUCAUCGUGGUUGGCACUGGGAAGUGACCUCGUGUGUUUUGUGGGUCAGGUUGCGCAAUAUUGAUCCGAAGCUGCAUGGAAUAGAUUCGUAGAUGCUGAGAAAGGAGUUUCGAUGAAUGGUGAAGAGCUAGGGGGGAGGGAUUUUGUUCAUGUGGGUUAGCCUUCAAAGUUGUUCGAUUGUUGAUGGUGUGCACUGUGUGGAGUUGUGUUAACGAGGAUUCGAGGCGGAGCAUCUGACGGAAGUGUCGGAAUGUUCGAGUGACGGAGUGAGUGAUGAGAUCGUCUGGGAUUAUGCAGUUGAUGGAACAGUACUCUUGAGCGGGGUCCCGCAAGCAUUCUUCUACAUCAGUAGGCCCGCGUCUUGGAAGAUCUCGAAGCUCGUGGUGUAGUGUGGUCUCCCGGUUGUGAUAGUCGGCAGAGCUUUGCGAAUGAGGGGGUGUUUGUACCGACACUGGUUGGGCGUGGAUGCCUUUUUAGGGUUUGAUCGUUGUUGGAGUGCUGGACGAGUUUAUCGCUACGUUUUUUCAAUUGUUUGUGAGGUGACAUAGAUGCUGGUGAAGGGAUUCUUGGAAGGAGUCGAGAUUGAGUCUUUUGGGUUACUGUUUGGAGCUUGGAUUAACGAGUCGAUCUCUAUAGCGAUGGUGCGCUGUCAGUAUUUAUAUCAAAGAAGGUAAACCGUGAAGAUUUUGCGGAAGAGCACAGCCAUCUGAGAAAUGGGAAGAGAACACUAAGUUUUGUAGGUUCAAUUUCAGUUCGUAGACAGGUAUCUCGCGCCCUUUGUGGCGUGGACAUUAAUUCUUCGAUCUAGUAGUAAUGGUUGCGUGAACAUUGACGUAUUCUAGAUUCAGUAGUUCCGGAAACCUAGUGAGAGCAUGCAGAGGGUGUUCAACGGAUCGACGUAAAUAACAAUCAUGUCGGAGAACUGGGCUAGGUCUUCGUAACACGGAGAAGGAUUUGAGGACGGUCGAGUGUUCUGGGAUUAUGGGUCCAUACCGGGAUAAGAAAAAUGUAUUGGUUCUAGUCGCCAGUUUUUUGGCAGUAAUCGGCUUGCUGCAGAUCGUGGGCUGCGGGAGAAUAAUGUUGCAGGGGUCCGGAGGGGGAUCUACGCGCUGGAGACUGAAGCCGACCGCGGAUGAUCCCGAGGGCCGUGCUUGUAUCAGUCACGUCUGUGUCUACUUCGACGUCACCUUCGCCAAGGAGCCCGUCGGACGCAUCAUCUUCCUGCUCUACGAGAAGAAAGCACCAAGAACUGCCGAAAAUUUUCGCAGUCUUGCGACUGGGGAGCGGGGAAUCAAUGCGAAUGGCAUCAACCUUCACUACAAGAAUACGACGUUCCAUCGUGUGGUUCACGGAUUACUGGUUGUAGGUGGUAACAUAAUGAGGGGAGUAGGUAAGGAAGGCGAAGUAGAAUCCAUUUAUGGUGGUGCGUUUAAGUCCGAGAGGUGGGACGACAAGUUCGAUCAGGGAGGCCUUCUGGCCAUGGACAGUAUGGGCCCCAAUAAGAACGGGUCGGUGUUCUUCAUAACUCUGGACGCGAUUCCUGAGCUCGACGGACAGUACGUCAUUUUCGGCGAGGUCAUUGAGGGCAUGGAUAUCGUAGAGCGCAUCAACAACAGUGUAUUCGGAGAGGAUGAAGUGCCCAAAAUGCGGAUCGUGAUAUCGGACAGCGGCCAAUUGUAACCUAGAAGCUGCUCCGAAGCGUUAGUGAAUAAACCUACGAGGUAAUCCAUCAUCAAGUUCACCGUCGUCUCGACCUCCUCAGUUUCUUUCCAAACUCAACAUUGCAAUCCCUUAAUUCAUGGAAUAUAGCAAUAUCGACUACAGAGGCAGAUCUCUGAUGACUCGAAGCAGGUUCAUUCCCUGCGAAGCUGCUGCUGGUUCCUGUGAUCUAGGGUAAGAAAUAGAAUUUGUGCUGUCGAUAACCGGAAGCGAAGGUGGUCAAAGCAUAAAAGUCGCCAAAUUAGCGAUAUUGCUUUGGCUCUCCGAGUUUGUUUAGCAGACAGUUGAAUAAUUACAUCUUGUGUAUCUUCGUCCCCGAAUGGUCCCUUUGGAUCUUUUGUUUCAUGAAUUUAAUUACGUCAUGAACGAUUUCUGUGUCACA